GUCAGUCAACUGUCAGCUUGCCAAUGCCACUUUUUGUCUUUCAAAAUAUUAACAUGGCGCUUAAUCUUACUGUAAAAGUUCACCCCGUUGUUUUAUUUCAAAUUGUAGAUGCAUACGAGCGUCGAAAUGCAGAUUCACAUCGCGUUAUCGGCACACUACUGGGCACGUCGGACAAGGGGGUGGUGGAGGUGACCAACUGCUUCUGCGUGCCGCACAAGGAGCACGCCGACCAGGUGGAGGCGGAGCUCAACUACGCCAUGGACGUGUACGAGCUGAACAGGCGGGUCAACGCUUCUGAGAACAUUGUUGGCUGGUGGGCGACGGGUAACGAGGUGACGAACCACUCGUCUGUUAUCCACGAGUACUACUCGCGCGAGUGCCGCGAGCCCGUGCACGUGACGCUGGACACGUCGCUGGCCGGCGCGCGCAUGGGGCUGCGCGCGUACGUGUGCGUGGCGCUGGGCGUGCCGCGCGGCAAGCAGGGCUGCAUGUUCACCCCGGUUGAUGUGGGCCUCACCUACUACGAGCCUGAGAUAGUGGGCCUGCAGCUGUGCCAGAAGACGAUGGGUCCGGGCGGGCGCUCCCGGCAAGUGCAGCCCAUGGUGGACCUGGCGCAGGUCGCCGAGGCCGCCUCCAAGCUCUCCACUGUCCUGGACCAGGUGGUGCAGUACGUGGAGGAGGUGCUGGCGGAGCGCGCGGCGCCCAACGACGGCGUGGGGCGCGAGCUGCUGGAGCUGGUGACGGCGCUGCCCGACAUGGCCGCGGACACCUUCAACGACGCCUUCAACUCCGGCGUCAAGGACCUGCUCAUGGUGGUGACGCUGGCGCAGCUCAUCAAGACGCAGCUGCAGCUCAACGAGAAGCUCACGCUGCUCACGUCGCAGUAGCCGCACACCGCCCACAACGCGCACCGCCCACAACGCGCCGCCCGGCGGACUCACACGCGAUUAGUUUAAGCUCUAAACUACAAUAAACUAUGUUUACUAUCA